CCUUAUGAAAGUAAAGUGCGGUUCGCCCUUGUAAUCUGCCAGAGAAGCAGGCGUUUAGCAGUCAGCUCCAGACCUGCAGCGCUGCCCAGAGGACACGGUGUCAGAACCAGGGUGUCUCAUUCCGCGCGUGUCGUGGAGCCUUCAGGAUCCCCGCCAUGUGGAGCCGCGUUCUCCUUGAAUGACCUACACACCAACCUAAACUACGCACUGGCCCCUGAUCAACAGCUGGCCAAGAGCAGCACAGCUGGCGGUGACCCAAGCAAAGCCAGUCCCAUGCAGGCUUCUGGCCGACCUCAGAGCAGCUGACCCCCCCACUCCCACGGGCGACAGAAACACGCAAACAGGAGGACCUGCGUCAAAAGGAGCGAUCUGGAAGUUUCAGCGAGCAGGAGUUUAAAGGUGGUCAUCGGUGCAGGGUUGGAAACUCUCUCUGACGUCACAUGAUGUACACAAUCACUAGAGGUCCCAGCAAGCUUGUUACGCAACGAAGGACAGGUCCCACUCAGCAGAUCGAGAACAAGUUCAGCGACUUGAAGCUAAAGCCCACCUCCUGGCUCAGCUCAAACUCUCAGCCCCCGAAGAUCGUCUUCAACCGGCUCAACGGAAAGCGCCACAACGGGACGGCCACACAGAAGAGCCAGAGUCCGGCAGCAGAGGGAUUCACGCCCGCACACGAGGAGAACGUCAGAUUCGUCUACGAAGUAUGGCAGGAAGUAGAGCAGAAGCUGGAGCACAGAGUGGAGUCAGAUGACACCAAGGGGCCUGUCCAGUACACAGAGAAGACCCCCAGUACUGUAAUGAAGAACUUUGUGCCUAUAGAUCUGGAGGAGUGGUGGGCUCAGCGCUUCCUCGCCAACAUUGCCAAUCUGUCGUAAGUAUACGGGAGCGCGCAGAGAAAGCCUGCAUCGGCGCUCUUUGCGGGAUGUCAGGAGAACGGCUCGUCCUCCGAAGCUGCAGCGUUGUGCAUGUUUUGGAAUCAGAUUUUUAAAGCCCUGUGCUCCACGCUGCUGUUGGGUGCACGGUAUAAACUCGUCCCUCUCCCCUCCCCCGAGUGGAGCAACGGCGAGCAGAAUGUAGACUCUGACAGAACUGACCUCAUGUUGUGCUGCAUUAAAGGACACCUCUCUGUACUUGAACAAUGAAUACGCACAGCUUCCUGUACUUUUGGGUGUGUGGAUGUUGAGUUUGA